AUGGGUCGGCUCGACCGGAGUGAUACCACGGCUUCACAGAAAACUGGCGCUAAAAUGAUUGAGAACUCCCAGGCCUGGCUUGGAGCAUCCACGUCUGCAGCAAUCGCAGCAGAUUUUAAUGGGCAGACUUCGCGCAAACCGUCCUGGACACAAAGCCAGUUGAAGGAAGCUAUCCACGCAGUCGCCACGCAACAAAUGAAAUUCACGCAAGCAUCAACCAUAUACGGCAUACCAAAAGGGACAUUAUACGAUAACAUAUUAGGAAAAUCUAAACGUAUGGCAAUGUUGGAUGAAAUAAAUCUUUUAGAUAGCGAAGAAAAGGCUGUACUAGACUUCUGUUGUGAAACAAACGUAUCUCCUUAUAAUAGACGUACUCAAAAACCAUUGAAAGAAGUUUUAUCUUUUGUAGAAAAGUUGCGAAGGAUGAGGGAUCCCGGAUUUUCUUUCGUAGGACUAAAUGGCUUUAGGUGGUGGUGGGCCUUCUGUAAAAAGCAUACGAUAGUGUCACUACACUACGAAGGGUCGUUGAAGAACAAGAACCUAAUAGUAAAGACUGAAUAUAACUCUGAUGACGAGUCCUGA